AUGAGGGAGGAUAAAACCAUGAGGGUCGAUUUGCAUGAAUUUGAUGGCACAUCUCAUGAUCCAGAGGUAUACAUUGAAUGGGAGAAAGGGGUAGAACGCUAUUUUGAAUUCAAAGAAACCCACCCAAACCAACAAUAUAAGAUUGCCAAGGUAAAGUUAACCAAAUUGGCUGCAAUCUGGCUGGAAGGCGUGCAAAGGCAGAAAACUCGUGAGGAUAGACCUAAGAUCAAUACAUGGGAGAAACUUAGGAAGCAUCUUAGGAGGAAAUACGUCCCAACCAAUUACAAACAGAAGCUAUACACAAACUGGAGAAACCUUAGACAAGGAAACAAAUCAGUAUCAGAAUAUAUUCAAGAGAGAGAGAGGUUGACUGUCUUAUGUGAGGUAGACGAGCUAGAAGAAAUGAAAAUUGGAAGGUUCCUAUGUGGAUUGAGGGAAGAUCUGAGGGAGAAAAUUAAGGUGAUGCAGAACCUGACUUAUGAGGGAGUGUGUAACAGUGCGUUGAUACUUGAGAAGUCAGCAAGAAGAAGAGUUGCACAACCCGCACACACAUUCAGCAAGGGCAAGGAAAUCAGUAGCUAUAGGCAAGCUACAAAGCAGCUUUCUGAAAAUCGGGGAAUACAGCAAUAUAGACCCUCUGCUAGCCAUAGUACACAACAACAUAAUAGACAUACUGCACCUACUGUCAUGCACACAGAGAGGCAGCUUACUGCCAAGGAGAGGGAAGUAAACCCUAAGAAUGUUAUGUGUUUUAAGUGUCACGGGCAUGGCCAUUACAAAAGAAAUUGCCCCAAUGCACGAGCCUUCACACAAAAAGAAUGGGCUGAGAUUCAUAAUAGAAAGGGAACACGAGCUGUGUUAGUGCACAUAGGAGGGAGAGAGGAGGUCAAGUAUCCACCCACACCUGAGGAUGAAUAUGAGGGAUCCUUUAAGGUAAAUAGCUAUGGUUACAUGGAAAGGUUGGAGGGAAGCACUACUGAGGAAAGUGAGGAGGAAGGAGACAUAGAGCAUGUUUACCCCGAGGAGGAGCUUUACAAUCUGUUGAUCAGGAGAAACCUUCACACAGUCCCACAGAUCGGGAACAAGCUGUGUGAUUUGAGCAUUGAUGGAGGUAGUGAAUCCAAUUGUGUAAGCAAAGAACUAGUCAAAACCUUGGGAUUAACCACUAGACCUCACCCUCGCCCUUACAAGCUAAGGUGGUUAGAUGAUAGUACGGGGAAUGCGGUUAGUAAACAAUGUCUGGUGAGUUUUAGCAUAGGCACAUACCACGACCAAGUGCUUUGCGAUGUUUUAGCCAUGGAUGCUUGUCAUGUAUUUCUCGGGAGACCAUGGCAACAUGAUAGGAAAACCAUACACAAUGGCUUCACCAAUGUGUAUUCCCUAAGACACGAGGGAAGGAAAGAGUGUGACAGAGAGCUAAGACAAGUAGAAGAGUUGUUAGCCAGGGGAUAUGUAAGAGAGAGUCUGAGUCCAUGUGCCGUACCUACACUCUUAGUUCCUAAAAAAGAUGGAUUAUGGCGAAUGUGCGUAGACAGUAGAAGUGUGAAUAACAUUACUGUUAAAUAUAGGUUCCCUAUGCCUAGACUAGAUGACAUGCUAAAUGAGUUAGCAGGGGCAUGCUGGUUUAGCAAGAUCGAUCUUAGGAGUGGCUAUCACCAGAUAAGGAUGAGAGAAGGUGAUGAGUGGAAAACGACAUUCAAAACCAAAUAUGGACUAUAUGAGUGGUUGGUGAUGCCCUUUGGAUUGAUUGGGGCUCCAAGCACAUUUAUGAGACUAAUGAACGAGGUGUUGAGACCCUUUCUUGGGAAAUUUGUGGUAGUAUACUUAGAUGACAUCAUGAUCUAUAGCGUAACUGUAAGUGAACACCAUGAGCACCUUAGGAGAUUGUUUGAAGUUUUGAGGAAACAACAACUUUAUGGAAAACUAGAAAAAUGUGCUUUUAUGAUUGCUGAGGUAAAUUUUCUAGGAUUUAUAAUUGGAAAGGAAGGAGUUAAGGUAGAUCCUCUGAAGAUAGAGCCCAUGAUGUCACCCUUAAUAGAAUGCACAAAGAAGGGCACUUUUGAGUGGCCUACUGAGGCACAAGUAGCCUUUGAGCAAAUUAAGGAGUUGAUGUGUAAGGCACCUGUUUUGAGACUACCUGACUUCACCAAACCUUUCGAGGUUGAGUGUGAUGCUAGUGGAAAAGAGAUCGGGGCUACAUGGCAAGUGGGUAGAGUUCCUUCAAUCCUUCAAUUUUCAGCUAAGUAUAAGGCGGGAAAGGCUAAUAUUGUAGCUGAUGCUCUAAGUAGAAGAUAUCAUUUGUUAGCUAUAUUAGAAGCCAAAAUCCUAGGUUUGGAGAUGAUUAAGCCUUUGUACCUUAAGGAUCUUGAUUUGAAGGAAUUAUGUUGA